CAUCCUGUUUCACCGCAAACAUCGCCGACGCAAGCCUUGUUCUCCACGGCAAUCGACUCCGCUUGGUCGAAUUACAUACAGAGGAGACCACUCUCGAGGUCAUCAGACCUAAUCUCGUUCUAGGACGGCCGUCCCGACUUGGGCCUGGCCGUGGCUCGUGGCAGCCUCAUGGAGGUAGACCGCACAAUCGAAAUCCGAGGGGAAGAGAGGGUAGUGAGACAGCAGCGGAAGAACCACAUCCGCGGGAUACUGCUAAUCAGCCAGCUGUUGAGAAAGGGUACCACCGAGGCAGCUGGAAAACCUGUGCAAUCUGUGGUUGCUGAUGAAGUUGAGCUCCUCGAAAAGGGUAGAGAGCACGUUGAAGGCAUCCGAGAGAGAGCAUCGAAACGCGGGAAACGACAGCCUGCUGCUGCUGCUGCUGCUUCAUCUGCUGCGGCGAAGAAGGCGAAGCGCAAGGGGGCGGACGCAGCUCUCUCCGACCCUCUAGCAUUGGCUCAUGAUGGCGGGACCAGAAGCGGUGCUACCCCAGAGACUUCGAGGGAGGAAGCGGUUGCGGAGGAGCGUCGUUCCAGCGCGAUGGAUUUGAUGCAGAACGACCCCGUGUUGAUGGAGCGAGUACGGGCCAUGCUGGAUGCUGGCGCGGCAGAGCAGGCAGCAGCUAAGGUGGCGGCGAUCGACGCGGCCAACACUCGUGCACUCCGCGCGUCGUUGCAAGCGCUGAAGCAGCACUGCAACAGCUCGAUAGGGUGGACCACUUACCAGACAGCGCUCGCUGUAGCAGCCGGAGCGGGAGAGCACACGUGUACUGACACGGACGUGUGCCACCCCGGCCAGCGGUGCAAGCCCGUUGAGUCUGGUGGAGUGAGCCUUGCCGAGCGAGCUAACAGUCUCGGCAUUCGGCACGAGACUUUCAGCGACGCACGGUGGCGGAUGCACAACACGAACCACGACAUCGCCCCCAAGAUCGCUGCGAGUGAGGGAUGCUACGUGUACAACGAGCGCAAGACACGGAGUGACGUGACGAAUCCCGAGGUCAUGGCUCUCGCCAGGGCUUUCUGGCACUCCGACGACGUUUCCCGUGCAACAGGGAACUCAGGCAAGGACAUGUACAAGGAGUCUAAGAAGAGAGACGCACCCUCUCACCCUCGGAGACAGCUCAUGCACAAGGGAGACAGUGUGUGGAGGAUGUUCCUCGAGAGCCGGCGGUACUUGGCGCUGAAGUCAAGGCUACUUGAGCAGGACAGCAACUUCACCGACCCUGGCAGGACGACGUUUCUGUCAACGCGGUGCGGGUGUUUAGUGGACCCAACGGCAUCGCAGUGUGCGUGUCAGAUCCACACGCAGCAGACGUUGUAUCUCGAGGCCCUUUCGUUCUUGAUGGGGUCGAUACACCAAGACUGCGACUGUGAGUGUAACUGGUGUGACGAUCUUGGUUGUAAGAGGUGGUCUGUCAUGUGCCAGGACCUGAGCAAGUUUUCUGACGCUCUGGCGUGCGAGAAGGUAAACUUGCUGGAGGGGGAUUCCGACGGGGGAUUUGAGUUUUGGGGUCGGAAACCGGCAUGCGCUGCGAUGAAGUGUUCCGAGUGCGGGUUCGGAAAGCCUGGAGGCAUCCCGACCAACUGCACCGCUAUUGCGAAAAACAGAGAGCGGGUAGUAGCAUGGAUUCGCUUCGAAGACCAAACCAUGCCUGACGGCAAGGUGCACAAGAAGCAGCAGCUACCCCAGACGGGGAAGCUCGAAGACCUGUGGGACGAGUUCAUGGCACACUCCUACAUGGAGCACCAUGCCUUAGCCAAGUGGCAGCGCCAAGCCCACAAGAUGUGCAUGGCUACACUUCGUCAGGGCGAGCUGUUGAUCGAGACGGACUUCAUCGAGAAGUACAGGCAUGAAGCACGCGUCGUGCUGACAUGUGCUACCGCACCAACAACGACCAUGAUGGUGGCCCUUGUACAUCACAGCCCCGACAACCGUGGGGAGCACGAAACAGACGCUUGGAUUUUUUUGUCCAGCGAUCCGAACCAUGACUUCGACUUCCAUCACGCAGCGAUGGAGGUCGUUGUUGCGCACUACACGACGGGACCGAAGUCUGCGGCCACCGCUGGGAGUGCGGCCCCACGAGUGCACAUGUUUACGGACGGGUGCGGCAAGCAGUACAAGGGGAAGCGGAACUUUCGAGCAGUGGCGCAGAGCCUGAGGAGGCUUGGUGUCCGCAUUUUGCACAACUUCGCCGUCACUUCUCACUUCAAGGGCACGCAUGAUGGCAUCGGGGCGCUCAUGAAGCGCCUACUUCGGAACGCGGAGAUGCAUGGCACGCGUAUCCCCGACGUCGACGUCGCGCACGAGUUUCUUCUAGGCUACGCCGUGGAGGCGGACAAGGCGCGUGAAGGCCACUUCACAACCUGGUCCCCUUACCGGAUCAAGAGCUUCGAGGUCAGGAAGUUUGGCCCCAAGGAAAUUCCUCGCCCACCGAUAGAUCUGACGGGGAUCCCUGGAAGUUCCAAGCUGUACUUUUUCACGGGAACAGAGGACGAGCAGGAGGACGUGCAGGAUACCUUUAGUCUUGUGUGGGCUACUAGUGUGGGGGUGCAGACAGACGAUUUUGUGGUGGGAGCGGCCGGAGACAAGGUGUUGACGGCUAGGAAGUGGGUGGUAGACGAGUCCAGGGCAAGGAAAUGGGCCGCCCCCAAGAAGUUCACCAGAUCUUGGAAGUUGCGGGUUCGGGGCGCAUCGUGCUACUGCUCGACUUGCCGAAUAGGCUGCUACGGUGACUGCAUGGUAGCGAAGGUGUACCCCGACUUGGUUGGCGAGGUGAUGGAGAAGUCGGGAAAAGAGAUGGUUGGGAGACGCACGCUUGGGACUCAAUUGACCGGCGUUAUUCUUCCGGUCAUAUCUUCGGACGAGUCCCCAGUGGCGCCUACGCUUGACGAGAGCAUGGGGGAGGAGGAGGAGGAGGAGGGGGAGGAGGAGGGGGAGCGGGAGGAAGCGCAAUACGUAAGCUCAAGAGGUCGCGUAAGUAUCGCGAAGAAGAGGUUCCCGGAGGUGGGCUAG